CACAAAAGUAAAACUUUUUUAUGGUUCACCUUUGCCUUCUAUAUGGUGUAAAUAACAUUUUUAUUUAUUUUUACAAACUGAUUAAAACAUGAGCUUCAGUCACAUCCAGUAUAGGAAACUCACCAAAUGUAGGUCUGUGUCCCAAAUGACACUGUUCUGUUCGCUAUAGUGCACUACUUUUACUUUUGACUGGAGCCCUAUGGGAAUAUAGUGCCAUUUUGGAUGCAGCCUAGAGGUGGGGAAUCAAAGUGGGUUCCAUGUGUGGAACAGAAGUUCUGUGUGAUCUUUAUGGAUUUCAUUUAAACAUUAUGACCACAACCAGAACACACACACAGAGUACGCACACUCACUGACAAACACACACACACACUUUAUGGAUUCUGUGGUCAGAGUUGUGGUUUUCCUCAGAGUGCAUGUGAAACUCAUUAGUCUGUUUAUGGGUUCGGAGGAAAGACGAAACUGAUUGAAACUCCUAUCUUGUAAACAGCUCUGUGACAGCCUAUUGCGCAAAGACUCAGUAAAAAGUAUGAAUUUAGACAGAGUAGGGUAGUUCUGUCUUCCACCUCCUCCCCCAAACUCCCCAUAUGACAUUGCAUGGAGACCAGAACAGGACAACUUCAGGGCCUAGGGAGCUGGAUUCCCAAAAAUAUUUUAAGACAUACUGUUUCUCUAUUUAAAACAUUGAUAAUUCCUCAGAUUUCUUAAAGACAAUUUUGAACAUUUGGCAUAGAGCUGUUGCAUGGCAUAUCACUUUAUUUUUGGAUUGGCAAUAUGGCCAAAUUAUCAGUCCUUUGCCAACCAAAAAUGUUUCUCAAUCCACUUUAUUUAUUGGGCCUUUAAUCAUUUGAAGGAAAGUCCGUCCUCCACACCUCUCUCUCCCAUGACCCAGAAACCGAUAAGUGGUCAGGUGGUGAUGACAAUUCGUUAGUAGGCAACGGAUGAGUGUCCUUCCCUCCUUGAUAGCCACCUUUCAUCAAGUUGUCAUUUUUGUAAGAGUUUUGAAAUCUGCCACACCCCCUUUUGAUUUAGCUUCUUUUUUUGUUGUUGAGAAAAGCAUGCACACGUUUAAAAACAAUAUGGAACUUCUUGUGCCUUUAAAAUGUCCUACACAACUAAUUUAAUUUGUUUUCAAUCACUUUUCACUUAUUUUGGGCUCCACCACUGUAAAUGUAAUUCAACAGAUGAAGCGCGGUCAUGUCUAGAAGGGAUGCCGCUAAUGUGAAAGUGAUGUCAGUUUACAUAUUCAAGUCAAGUCGGAAAUCAUUUUAGCUAACCCUAACACUUUUCCUAACCUACUACCUUAAUUAUCCUAACCAGCUGCUUAAGUUUUGCUGACUUAGGAAAAGGGAGGCAAGAGAGGGAAAGAGUAAAGAGGACGCAGGAGUUGCGCAAAUCCAAUUGAGAAAAGGCAUGGCUUCCAUACAUUAACCAUACACAUCCUAUCUGCCUGACAGCUUCACUAAAGAAACUCAGAGCCUUGUGUAUAGAUAAGAACGUUUACUCUCCUCCCCAGCCUGAAAUCAAACUCCCAACUCUAUUCAUGCUGUUGAAUAGCACACCUGCCUGCCAUGUCCUCUAUGACGACUAGACUGACUGCAUCAGGCCUUCCCAACGACAUUUUAUGCAAAACAUAAUGUUUCCCUCCAUAGGAUGUCAUCAUUUGAUUUGAAUACGACAUCAGUUGACCUUUUUAGAUUAUGAAAUGUUUUGUCAUAAGAUAAGUGUUUGCUUUAGGGCUCAGUAUUAUAUAACUAGGCUUGCAAAAAAAAUGUAUCAAAGGAGAGUUGUUGAACAUUACAAGCUGACGUUAAUUUGCGUUUAUGUGGGUCGGUCUGUUUUUACCCGUUUUUUUCUAGUUUUACAUUCAAGAGGGAAAUUGAAAACCGUUCGUCUCAUUUGCAUAACGUUUUCUCACCGGGGAGAAAGAGGACUCCCUGUACUUCCAUACAUCAUGCUCGAGCCUCAUCUACAUGAGAACUGUCCCCGCGCACUGACGGGACUUGACCACAAUAAAGACAGAUGCUCGCAAGCCUUUAUGUGGUUAACUGAAAAGGAAUUAAGGCGCGUGGUGUUUUAAAAGAAGGUGCCUUGGCAUGUUUUCUUUUCUCUCUCUGACAAUAUUGAGACGAAUUGUUAAAAAUCAAUGCAUGAAUGAACAGGAUCUGAAAAAAGGCUGUGUUAUCAAUGGGUCUGGGUUGAUAGGACAACCUCGAAUUUUGGGAAAUGUUUAGGUCUGUCAUUUCACGACAUGAGUUAUUUGACCUAUAGUUGUAACAGAGGACUUUAAAAUAUUAAAUAGGCCUACCUAAUUGAUGACAGCAUCCACGGUGUCUGUCUAAGUAGGCUAGUGCGAGUGUGUUGGCCCACACUGUUUUUCAUUUUGGUGUCACAUUUUAUGUUGUGCAAAUCAUCAGUUAUUGUUUCAAGUGCAAUGAGGGGUGUUGGGGCUAUGCGUUCCCUCAUGAAUGAUAAUCAGUGAGAUGGCUGUUGAGAAUAGAAUAGAACACUAUUUGAUCUGUGAUUGUAGAGAAAGGCGCUCGCUCUUGAGAAUAAAGAACAUCUGCCUCAGUUGAGCGCUUUCAUGACGGGCACACGGAAACUAUGGAAACUGGAUCACUAAGGUACUGGAAUUAACCGAACCGUUUGUUGGGCGAUAGCCCUUGUGCGUCUGUCCGAUUCUCUUCAUACUCUUGGCCGGGAUUUUGAUGCUGUCCAGCCACAAACGCACUUCGCCCGCUGCUUCUUGAGGGUCGAGUGUGUGAGUGAGUGAGUGAGCGAAUGAAUAAUCCUUUAGAUUCAGUAACAACACCAUUGAGGGAACUCUGCCCGAGUCGUCCAGUCUAGAGAGAAAUUGAGAGUGAAGGCGAGACGCUGCACGGGGACAAUGUCCUGAUCCACAACCGUUUACUUUAUGGCUACAGUUUAACAGGACCCAACGGAUGACUUGCUAAAUAUAGACAACUAUUAACAAACGUUUUAGUUGAUGACAAAACAUUUACUUGCUGGUGUGGUUUUGCGAGUUGAUUUGGGUUCAUUAGACAUCUCACCAAUCCUCUCCACACACGGAUCUUCUCUGCUGUGCUGAACGUUUUUUCUAAAAGGCAUCCCCAGGUGAUGACCUCACUACUGUUCUCCAGCCCCACCCACGUUGUCAUGAAGGACCGCGAGCUGCCGUCAUCCUCCCUCACCCUCCUCCACUACACUGGGACGGCAGUGCCUGUCAAGACACCCGGGGGUGGCCCCUUACCCUCCUCCUCCACCACCCUCCACACCUCCACCUCUCCAUCCCUCUCCAAACCUCCGCCAUUCUGCCUGCAGACCCUCCAGACCGGCCCUCACCUCCUCGCCAGCAUGCAGCUCCAGAAACUCAACUCCCACUACCAGAGUCUGGCUGGAGGUAUAAGUGGUGGCAUAGCCUCUGGGCCCACGUCAGGACCUCAGAGGGGGUUUGGGGCCUCAACGCUGGGCUCGGCAGGGCAGCUGGUGGGGGGUACCCCUGGAGGUGUUGGAGGUAGGAAUCAGAGCUGUGGGGGGAUUAUUGACUCUGACCCGGUGGAUGAGGAGGUUCUGAUGUCGUUGGUCGUAGAGCUGGGGUUGGACCAGGCUAACGAGCUGCCUGAACUCUGGCUAGGACAGAACGAGUUUGACUUCAUAGCGGAUGUACCUGCCGGAUGCUGACCCACCCAAAUGGAGGGAUGAAAGGAGGAGAUUUGUGCUUUCUCAUUCUUUCCUUUUCAUUACUCUCUAGGUUGGAUUGACAUAAACUCUAAUGUCCCGGCUGGGUGCUCACCCAAACACACGAAAUUAGACAUUUUUUGGGGGUCACCCUCUGUUUUUCUCUAAAGGACAAGUUAUGGACACAUCCUGACCCAAAAAGAGCAUGCUGUUCUCUUGUUUUUCCUCUGUAUCCCGUUCUAAAUUUAAAGGAGAAAGGAUAGACACAGGGUCUAAUGUUUUUGUGUGUCUCACAGAAAAUACUAUGUUACUGAGGGAACCUGAGCCUCGGGCCUGUCUGUCAAUUUCACUCUACUUCCCAAGGGCCCCCUACACACACACCGGCAGAAGGAGGGAUGGAUGGUAUUACGAUCCGGUAAUGGAAGUAGCAGCCGUGAAACAGGCACUUGUCACUUAUUCAGUUACCCCAACAUUCAGGAGAGUUCAGCGGGUUUGAUGGAACACCAGUGUGUGUGUGUGAUAUUAUUCAGGUCCCUGUGACAUAAGACAGACAUGACAGGAGGCAUCAGAAGCCUGUGUAGUCUCGGUGGACCGGUGUAACCUGACCUGUAUGGUGCUGUCAGUGUCUGUAUCUAAAUAAAUGAAUGAGUCUUAACGUCCGUGGUCUUCGUGUACCUGGUAACUCUGUAGGUGAAAUGAAUCAUAGUUCCUGCCCCAUCAUUCUCUCUGUCUAUUAUAAGUCUCUUCAUCCGUCUCUCCCCCCCCCCCCCCCCCUCCAUCUCUGUCCCCUGUGGUCCUAGAGCCAAGACGCUCCAUUACUACCUACUCUGCUGUUGUACCGUCAAUGUGUAUGUCCAAAAUGGCACCCAAUUCCCUAUAUAGCGCACUACUUUUGACCAGGGCCCAUGCACUACUUUUGACCAGAGCCCUGUGUGUCCUGUUCAAAAGUAGUGCUGUGUGUUUUUAUAUAUAUAUGAGAGAAUAAGGUGCCAUAUAGGACAUGUACAAUAGUUCCUGAUGGUUACAGGUAAAAAUAUUGUAUUUUUUUGGAGGGGGGUUGACUUGUGAGAGCUGAAGGCUAAUUAAUUAUAAACUAAUGAUUGCGUAAAUUAAUUAUUUUUUUGAACAGUACCUGUUCAGAAGACUACAGAAACAAGAUUACCUCUUAAUAAAGAGGAAAUGUUCCAAUUGACUAAGUUCCCAUGUUCCAAGUGUGAGUCACUUGGCAUCAUCAUGCUUCUUUCACCAUGUGAUACGUUGGUGUUUUUACCUUUUCGAGUUAGUCAGUCAGUAGGCCGACAGUAGACCAAAGCAGGAGUAGGCUACAUAUCUAAACAGGGUCCUUAUUGUUUUGUAGUUUUAGUUGCUGGAUCACUUGAUCGUAAGAGAGCACGAGUGUGUGUGUGACUGCUUGCAUGGGAAAGUAUUCCUGUAAGUUUCCCUUUAAGUUUUGACUCCACGGAAAUGCAAGAUAACUACACCAACUUAUUUCCUAAUCAGAAACCCUUUGAGCUUCCAGACUAGCAAGAACAUUUACUUUUCAUUGAAUGUUUGUUUUACUUUCCUUAUGACAUUUCAGAUAUUUUUGUGGUCAUUUUCUUUUUGUUUUAGCUUGAGAAACACUUCUUGCUAUUAAUUUUGUAAAGGAAAAAAAAAUGUUGGAGAAAAAAAAAGGAAUCACUUGUCUAGCUACUGCACUGAUUGUAUGGUCCUAAGUUUCUCUCUUUAAAUCACACCUUUUUUUUUUUUAAAUUGAGGCCUUAUUUUAGAAAGGGAGAGGGACCUAUUUCUUUUUUUUUUUAUCUCUCUUUUCUUUUUGUUUUUGAAAUGACAGAUGGAAUCAUAACUGAUGUGGAUUUUUGUUUUAGCACUUUCUCCGUUUGCAUCUCAUUUGUAUCUUUAUGAAAAUAUGUACUAGAUCAUAUUUAAAUGCUUGUAUUUUUGUUACUUCACUGCAUUUGGGGUGGAAAAUAAAGAAUACCAACCUGAA